UCUCCGUGCUGUCUGUCACCUGACAUACUACGCAUCGUGUUCACACCAAAGGUGGGGGCGGCCUGGCCUAGCGCAGUGAACACAAGCAAAGAAAGCAUAGCAGUUACUACUUACUUGCGAUCAGUGGUUCUCGUAGCAAUUCCACGAACCCCACAGUCGACGGUGAAUCGCAGCCGGACAGUGGACUUCAAAUAUUGUUGCCAAGACGACUUCUUUAGUUCCAAUCUACCUGUCACAAGCACAACGAUCGAUACACCGAUCUCGCGGCCACGCUCCAACUAUGCGCCUGUUCCGGCCAAUGUUUAUGAUCGUCGUUCGCGUCGGCUGACAGCUGUCAAUCCCUUGUUCGGGUCAUCAGUGAGUCAUCGGAUCGGCAGCCGAGGAUCAUCUCAGACGAGAGUCCCACGAGACAGUAGCAUAGAUCGAGUGCUAUUAAACUUCACGGACACCCGCACGGGACGAGACCAAGCCUUCCCGCAGAUAUCGCGCACGUCACAACCUACCCUUUGUUCAGAUGUCCAGGUAUUUUUUCGAUAUUACCGGCAUGGCGUCUAGUUCCGUCAGCCAGGAAGACUUCGACAACGAUUUUGAGUUGACAUCCAGGAGAUCCAGGAUCAGGACUGCUAGGGCCAGGGUGGGUCCGGCGAGGACAGGAGAUGUGUCUUCCAUAAGUUUUCAAAAGAAUACACCCGAUGUGGAAGAAUCACAAGGCGCUUACGACACCAACCCUGUGCUUCCGCCUGAACAUGAAAACCCACAGAGUAAACCCAUAAUAAGGAAACAGGAUAAACGUGUGACUGGCCGUGUCUUUAGUGUCGUAUCCUGUUUGCACAGGCCAACGCAUAUAAACAAGGGAAAGCAGCAACGUGAUCGACGGAAACUGCGAGAAAAACGGCGUAGCACAGGAGUCGUACAUUUACCGUCGACAGAGAGCACUGGAGGUAGUACGGGGGAAGACGAGGAAGAGCUUAGCGGCACUUGCCUUGAAACUAAGCACAACACGCAUCACAAUGAAUUUCUUGAUCACGAAUUGAUAGAAGAGCGGAAUGCCAGAAUAUACACACAAAGGCGAAAUAAAAGUCAUUCUGAUUUGGAGGCCGACGAUGAAGAAUUUGAUUCUCUCAAUCAGUCCGACAGCAUUAAUCAAUCGGACCAUGGCAAUCAUGAACCACAAACGUCUGUCAAUACGACUGUAAGACCGCGCUUACCAACGCCAACAGGCGACAAUCCGCACGAAUUAAUUGAACGAGCGCAAGAGGAAAAUAGAAGGCUGCUAUCCCUUCUGGAAGAUCGGGACCAUAAAAUAAUGGCGCUCGAGGCUCGUCUUUUAAAGCAACAGCAUGAAAUGACCCUGGAACGAGAUCGACUUCGCGAGGAGAAUGCUACGCUGAUUCGCGCAAUGGCAGCGUUAGCCAGCAACUAAACUUCUUCGUGUAAUAAAGAUCACGCCUUUUUGGCUCUUUGCUCUUUAUGAUAAUCGCCGAGCUGCAGGAUGAGCCAUAAGUCGCGCACCUUGCUGAUCCCUUAAUUAUUAUUCUUAGUAUUCUUUUUUAUUUGCAAAAACGAUUUUCUUGUCCUACAGAAAUUUAAUUUUUGCAUCAUAUUCUAAUUUUUUGAUUGUUAGGAGAGUUGCAGCAGCCAUCGGCUGAAUGACUGAAAAUCCGGUAUUAU